GAACUGAGACAGCUGGUGAGGGAGAAAAAUUCACUAGGCGACAAGAAGGUGAGAGCAAAGAGUGUUAGCAGCAUGCAGCAGGCUGCAGUCAGUGCAGAGGGGAGCAUGCAAAGUAAUGUUUUGCCCCAGCAGGAAGCAGCAGCCACAAGAGGGUUAAGUGAUGCCGUUCAGAGUCUUACCACCCUAGUUCAGGACCUUGCCACUCACCAGAGACAGCAGUCUGAGAAGAUGGGGCGUUUGGAGGCCAUGGUUAUGCAACAAACUGCUACUACCUACAGGUAUGUCCCCACCAGUAGCCAAGGAAGUGGUAAUGGAGCGGCGACACAGUACCGAAAGUCUGUACCACUUCUGUUAGGAACAAAUGUUAUUAGGGCUAGCAAGCAGGACUUAGAAAAACGGCUGGGCAGAGAGUUCCCUAGCUGCCUGAAAGAUGAACAUCCAGCCUGGCAUGCUGCCUACCAACAGGUGAGGGUGAAGUCACCCGGAAGGGAGCCCAAGACGGUGUCACAAGUUCGUUAUGCAGGAAAACAGCCAGUGAAAAUUAAGCCUGGGGAACACAGAUGCAUAACAGUCAAGGCUCCAUGGUCUCGUGAUAGGAGUCCAUACACUGUACUUAUCGGACCUCCAGAUGGCAAACAGUUUAUUAAAAACAUGGUGGUGGAAGAAGCAGUGGCAGAUGUGGUCCAUGGGCGGACUCUAGUGCACCUCUACAACCAAAGCACAUACAAUAUUGUUAUAAAAAGGGGCCAGACAGUAGCUAGCAUCUCUGCACUGAGCAGCGUAGAAACAGUGGUUCCCUCUGACCCUACCCCAGAUCUAGGUAGCACAGCCGGUUCGUCGCAUGAUCAACAAAGUUCUUCCCCACCAGAUAAAGCACCAGUUCAAUCGGACAUUCCGGAGAUGGAUUUGAAGGAGGCAGCAGUGCUGAACCAGGAACAACAGGAAAAGCUGGAAGAACUGCUCCGGAGGAACUCUGAUGUGUUUUCAGUUAAUCAGUUCGACCUUGGAUGUACAUCCGCUGUCAAGCAUGAAAUACCAUUGAUUGAUAACAAGCCCAUGCGCCAGCCUUACCGUAGGAUCCCACCAGCCCAGUUUCAGGAGGUUAGACGACAUCUACAGGAUAUGGUUGAAGCGGGAGCCAUUAGAUCAAGUCAGAGCCCUUAUGCCUCACCCAUUGUAGUGGCCAGGAAGAAAGACGGCUCAAUCCGAGUCUGCAUUGACUACAGACAACUAAAUGCAAAGACGGUGAGAGAUGCAUUCCCUAUGCCCCGUAUUGAGGAGGCCUUGGAUGCUCUUGGUGAUGCUGAAUUCUACUCCACACUGGAUCUCACUUCCGGCUACUGGCAGGUAGAGGUGGCUGAACACGACAAGCCCAAAACUGCAUUCACUACACCCAUGGGCCUGUUUGAGUGCAACCGAAUGCCUUUUGGCCUGCAGAAUGCACCAGCCACCUUCCAAAGACUGAUGACUCACUGCCUGGGAGACCUAAAUUUUUCAGCUGUGCUGAUAUACUUAGAUGAUGUCAUUGUAUUCUCCCGAACAUUGGAAGAGCACCAAGUGUAAGGAAGAGGAAGCAGG